GUGAGAGAGAUGGACGAAGAAGCAAAGAAGCGAUGGUCUCUCCAAGGAAUGACUGCUCUCGUCACCGGUGGAACCAAAGGAAUCGGGCAUGCCACAGUGGAGGAGCUUUCUGCGUUCGGGGCUUCUGUACACACGUGUGCUCGCAACGAAGCCGAGCUCCAGCAAUGCUUGCACGAAUGGAGAGAAUCGGGUUUCAACGUGAGUGGCUCUGUUUGCGAUGUUUCCGUGCGAGAGGCACGUGAGAAGCUGAUGGAGGAGGUGGCCACUCUCUUCCAGGGGAAGCUCAACAUCUUUAUAAACAAUGUUGGGACGGAGAUAGGUAAACCAACAAUAUCAGUCACAGCCGGAGACUUUGCAUUGGUGAUGACCACCAAUUUCGAAUCUGCAUACCAUUUGAGCCAACUUGCAUAUCCUCUUUUAAAAGAAUCAGGACAAGGAAACAUUGUAUUUAUCUCAUCAGUUGCUGGUUUAUUAUCGUUUGGCGGUGGAAGUGUUUAUUCAGCAACUAAAGGAGCAUUGAAUCAACUUACCAAAAAUUUAGCAUGUGAGUGGGCAAAAGACAAUAUAAGGACUAAUUUUGUGGCACCAUGGAUUAUAAAGACUACAAUGCCAGCUCUUACUCAAUUGCUUGCAAAUAAGGACCUGGAGGAAGCACUAAUCUCUCGAACCCCUCUUCAACGCUUUGGAGAGACUAAAGAGGUUUCAUCAUUAGUGGUGUUCCUUUGUCUACCCGCUGCUUCAUAUAUUACUGGCCAAGUAAUAGCCAUUGAUGGAGGAGUGUCUGUCAAUGCUUUUUACUACAAGCCAUCGAAGAGUACUGACAGCCUUUAAUCUUUGAUAGCCCUUGAGAUCACAUCGGAACAGACAACUAAGUAAUUUGUGUGAUCCUUUUCUUAAGACAUGUUACUAGCAAUACUUCUCUAUGGAUGAACUACAGGGUUUGCAUAGAAACAUCCACAAUGAUUGUAAUGCACCAAAGAAAUUUGGUAGAAUAUUUUCCUACAUAUUGCUAUAGUACGUCUG